UUGAUGCUCUGAAUCCUUCAUAUUCCUUUUAUUUGGUUAAUGGUGUUUUUUCACUCUGAAACUGUGGUGCUUAUGGGCUUAAUGAAAAUUUGAAUCAGAACAGAAUGAACAACAUCAGACAUGCAGUGAAAGUAAAAGUGAGGAGGUCUAUUUUAAAUGUUGUUUGCACUGCAGAAUGUUUCAAGAUGAUGUGAAGGAUAAAAAUAGUGUAGUAGAGUCAGAGGGGUGGAUAUGCAGCCUGUUUACAACAGCCAAGACAGAAAAACAUAUGAGCUCAAUAUAUUAUAUCACUGAAUAGCUCAAAUAAAGUAAACAGUUCAGUAAAUAUGGUACAGCAGCUUCUCACCUGUAGCAUGUUAGUCCUGUUUCUUUUCAAUAAACUGGUCUGAUGGUCAGUUUGUAGAACAUCAGUGUACCAGAGUCUUUACUCUCUCUGGUUUAGUUCAGCAGAGCUCAGUUCUCUCUGUAGCGCCCCACUCUGAUUGGCUGCUGUGCUGAAUGUUUCUUUUAAUGUCUCUGUUCUGUGUUGUUUCCUCUUUUAGACCAGACAAACAUCACAGCUGAGUCUGGGCAGAACAUCUCGCUGCCAUGUGGAGCUCCAACUAAUAAUAAUCAGGUCUUGGCUGUUCAGUGGAGCAGAGCUGACCUGAAGCAAGAAUAUGUGCUUUUGUACAGAGAUGAGGUUUUUGUUCCAGACAACCAGCAUCCAGCUUUUAAGAACUGGAUGGAUCUGCAGGACAGACAGAUGAAGGAUGUGUCGCGUCUUCAGGAGAGGAACAAACCACAUGAUUAGAACCAUCAGCCUGAGUGUUGUUUCUCCAUGUGAGUCAGCAGAGGGUAGGUUUUGUGAUUUCUUUUGGGAAAACCAAGGUUAAGGUUAUUUACACGGCAUGAAAGGCUGCACAUGAAGUCUCAGUUCAAAAAUGUUUAUUUCUAGAGUCUUGUUUAUCGUCACCACCAGCUUUUGUGUCACAAUGUGCAACUUUGCAGGGACCCUUUAUAAAACCACAUGACAAACGUAAUGUGUUUGUGAGAUGAGGUUAUUGAGGUUGCCUCCAGCUCCCCGUGACUCUCCUGCAUUAAUCAAAUCCAGCAGUACUGAGAAUAGGUUUCUGUUCCCUGUCAACAUCUUUCAGUGUAGGUGAAGCCUCUGCAGUAUCUCAAAGCUGUGGACACAGAUGGAUUCUCUCAAGUUCCUCCUGAUUUCAUCCCUAAUUUCUGCAUCUACAUCUCUGCAGCAGGAUGUUCAGGUGAAGCUUGGAGCUGACGUCACUCUCCAGUGUCAGAUUACCACAGAUGAAAUAAUCUCAGUGCUGAAGUGGAGCAGAGCUGACCUGAACACAGACGGCUAUGUCUACUUCUACAGGAACAAACGCUCCUAUGAAAACUACCAACAUCCAUCUUUUCAUGGCCGAGUAAAGCUGAGGGACCCAGAGAUGAAGGAUGGAGACGUUUCUCUGAUCCUGAAGAACGUCACGUUUAAUGACACUGGGAUGUAUGAGUGUCACGUAGCAGUGAGGAAGUCUGGGAGAAGUAAAAGAGCUCACACUGAGAUCAGUCACUUCAUCAACCUCACAGUCACAGGUGAAACGCAUGAAAACAUUAAACUGGUGAAAACAGGAGAUGAAAACAUGGAGGAGGUGGUAGAAGUGGAGACUAGGACUGAUCAGAUGGUUGUUCCUGCUGUGUCUGCAUCUGCUGCGUCCGCUGUCAUUGUUACUACAGCUGGAUUUGUGGCAAUGUGGAGAUUUAAAAGAAAGAAACAGGAGCCCACGGAGGCAGAUAACCAGCAGCUGGUCUGAAACGUCGAGGAGUUUCUGGUACAGCACGCUAUAAUUGUGUGUGAUAGCAAUCCACAGAGAGGGAGGACAGGUGGGAUCAGUUCUGUGGGCGAUGUGCUCUCUUCUGAGGAGGAGCGGCGUCUGUGUUUCUAGUUCCCGCCUGACCUCUUCAGAAUCAGCUGAUUUUUUUUUUUUUUGCACCAUAACUUUAGUAUAUUUACCAAAACUGCACAAAGUUUCUUUGUAGUAUUAAUUCACCCUGUUUCUCCAGCAUUUUUCCCCUGAAGUGCAGAAGAUAUCCACGUGAAAUCUUCAGGGCACAAAAACAAAUUUAAAACUGCAACCAAAUCAAUUUUAUACCCACUCAAAGUGACAAAUUCUAACAAUAACAUCUUUAUUUUUUUGUUUGUUUUGGCGUUAUUGUUCCUGUAACUAGAUUCAUGUUGUCAGUAUCAAUAUCAUGGGCUGUGUCAUUGUUCACAGUUACUUGUAUUUCCCAGCAUAACCUGUGAGCAUCUGAGUUUUAUUUUCUGUAUUUUUAUAGUUAUAGUUGGGACUCUUUUUCUUUUUCUUUUUGUUUAAGUUUCUGUGGUUAUUUUACUGUUGCUGUUGUUUCAUGACAACUUCAAGGCACUGAGUUGCUGCUAAGUUUUGCAUCAUUUUGGGGGGUUUUCUGGUCGCUUUCACUCAGACUUCAUGUUCUCAGUUUGAAAGCUUCUUUGUCUUGAGCUUUUCGUACUUUUGAAAUCUAUUUGAGAGGUUGCUGUUUGUAUUUGCAUCAUGGUGUUUUCCCCCAGCAUUCAGUGUGUUUUGUUUCAUUAUGUCAUUUUUGUUAUUUUCACUUUCCUUUCAUCAUUCUCUCACAGCAUCUAUUUGCCUGUGUGUUUACCUUUGCCCACAGACUCUUGGUGUUCUGGGAAAUUUCCAACAAUGUGAAUACAUUUUUGCUUUUUGUUUACUUC